AUGCAGCAGCAGCAGCAACAAACAUAUAUUAACAGCAGCAGCAGCAGCAGCAGCAGCAGCAGCAGCAGCAGUAGCACCCCACGCAGCAGCAGCAGCAGCAGCAGCAUCCCCCGCAGCAGCAGCACCAUAAAAAAACAGCAGCAGCAGCAGCAACAUCCACCGCAGCAGCAGCAGCAUCUCCCGCAGCAGCAGCAGCAGCAGCAUCCCCCGCAGCAGCAGCAGCAGCAUCCCCCGCAGCAGCAUCCCCCGCAGCAGCAGCAGCAGCAGCAGCAGCAGCAGCAGCAGGAGACAAACCCUAUGGAGUCUGCAGCAGGUCGAGUGCUAGUAGCAGCAGCAGCAGCAGAAGCAGCAGUAGCAGCAACACCGCCGGCAGCAGCAGCAGCAGUUGCAGUACCAGCAGCAGCAGUAGCUGCAGCAGCAACAGCAAUAGCUGCAGCAGCAAUAGCAGCAGCAGCAGGAAUAGCAGCAGCAACAAUAGCAGCAACAGCAGCAAUUGCAGCAGCAGCAAUUGCAGCAGCAAAUCGAGUGCUAGUAGCAGCAGCAGCAGCAGCAGCAGCAGCAGUAGCAGCAAUACCACCAGCAGCAGCAGCAGUGGUUGCAAUACCAGCAGCAGAAAUAGCAGCAGCAGCAACAGCAGCAGCAGCAGCAAUAGCAGCAGCAGCAGCAACAACAACAAUAACAGCAGCAAUAGCAGCAGCAGCAGCAACAGCAAUAGCAGGAGCAGCAGGAAUAGCAAUAGCAGCAGCAGCAGCAGCAGCAAUAGCAGCAGCAGCAGCAGCAGCAGCAGCAGUGUUGCUGACCCUGUGA